AUGCUUCCUGAUUUGCAGCCCGCUGAAGGGUCUGCAUUUCUCACUCGCUCUCAAACUACUACUCGGCCAAAGAAAGGGAGACCUUGGUGUGACUAUUGUGAGAAGGUAGAAUUCCUUCUGCUACUUUGGCUAAUAUAUCCACCACCUACUUGGAUUGUGGAUUCUGGUGCAAGUGAUCAUAUGACAGGUGAUCUUCGGCUCUUUCACACUUUUCAUGCCGACUCGUCUAUCUCUCAUAUUCGAACAGCUGAGGGUUCUCUAUCUAGUAUUGCCGGUCAUGGAUCUAUUCGAAUAAAUCAGGACAUUUUGUUAUCUCGUGUUCUUUAUGUUCCUAAUCUCACUUGCAAUCUUAUCUCCAUUAGCAAGUUGUUUGCCGAUUUAUAUUAUACCACAAAAUUUAACUCUGAUUUUUGUGAAUUUCAGAAUUCCAGCUCGGGGAAAGUGAUUGGCAGUGCUAGGCUUUGUGGGGGUCUUUACCUACUUCCAGAAACCGGGAUUGUUCAUCUUACUUCGUGUGUCAAUUCUCCUCAACAAAAUGGGAUUGCUGAGCGGAAAAACAGACAUCUUGAGGGGGAGUCAUAUAAUGAAUAUCAGUUUGUUGACUCACAACAAUUGUCACUUGAUUUGCAGCCAGCUCUUUUUGAUCAACCAACACCGUCAAACCAGUUAAACCAGUCAAAUAAGCCUACAAAAUCGCUACAGCCAACAACACUAUCGAACCCAGAAAACGUAUACUUGCCAAACCAGUCCACCGAAACACAUUUACCUCGGCAUGAUCAGUAUAUCACUUCGCCUCAAAUACCUCAAUCUGAGUUGCAGAUUUACAAGAGACGACAAAAACCAAUUUCUAAAUCAAUCCCUGAACCUAAUUCUGAGUCUCCCACACAGCAUGGACACUGUCAUGAACCGGAACCGAACAAGAAUCCUUUAGAGAAUAAAGAAGCAAGUGUAGAUAGCAUUACUAUUCCAGAUACGGUGGAAGAAGCAUUGAAAGAUCCCAAGUGGAAAAAGGCAGUAGAAGAGGAAUUAAAAGCACUGGAAAAUAACAAUACUUGGAUUAUAGUUGAUCUUCCUAAAGAUAAAAAACCAGUCGGUUGCAAAUGGGUAUUCACGGUAAAAUACAAAGCUGAUGGUAGCAUUGAAAGAUAUAAGGCGAGAUUAGUGGCGAAAGGAUUCACUCAAUCUUUUGGAGUUGAUUAUCAUGAAACGUUUGCUCCGGUAGCAAAACUAAACACUGUGAGAGUGUUAUUGUUAUUAGCAGUUAAUGAGAAUUGGGUGCUUCAUCAGUUAGACAUCAAAAACGCAUUUCUAAACGAAACUUGGAGGAGGAAGUAUAUAUGCGAAUUCCACCGGGUGUGA